GUAGAGUCGCAUGUACAUUUCACUGGAAACGCGACGUAACCCCGAUGUGUUGUUCUGCACUUUAAGUUACUGUCUUUGCAACAUGUAUCACCAGCCAGUCUUAAAAAACCGUAGAACGCUCUUAGAGCGGGCAGAGAAAUUUAUUUCAGAUGUGUAUUUCACAGACUGCAAUCUAAGGGGCAGGCUCUAUGGUGCUACGUUUCCAGUGAGGUCCCUUUCUGUAUUCUCAACUCCAAAUCGGAUUCCUUUCUCAGAAGCUGAACAGCAGACCUUCCAGCCAGCUAAAGUUGGUGAUGGCUAUGGACUCACCUGGUGGACUUGUUGGUUUAAAGUUUGUCUUAGUAUUCCAGAUGAAUGGCAUGGGAAAGAGGUUCACUUCUUAUGGGAAAGUGAUGGAGAGGGUAUGGUAUGGCGUGAUGGGCAGCCAGUUCAGGGAUUAACUAAGGAAGGCGGCAAGACAAGCUAUGUUUUAUCUCGAAACCUUAAAGAAAAUGAAACUCACAACAUUACCUUAUAUGUGGAGCUGGCAUGUAAUGGUUUGUUCGGGGCAGGGAAGGGAUCUAUGAUUGCACCUCCAGACCCUGACAAGAAAUUUUUUGUUCAAAAGGCAGAGCUUGCUGUUUUUAAUUCUGCUGUUAAUGACCUGUUAGUGGAUUUUGAGAUGCUGAUUGACAUCGUAAAGAUGCUUGGGGAGAAUGACCAGCGUGGAUAUCAGGCACUUUAUGUAGCUAAUGAAAUGGUGAAUGUGUGUGAUGUCCAAAAUCCCAACACAUUUUCUGCAGCUCGCAAGCUUGCCAAGAAAUUUUUCAGUGAGAAGAAUGGGGAUAGUCAACAUACAGUCCAUGCUAUGGGCCACUGUCACAUUGACACAGCAUGGCUUUGGCCUUAUGAAGAGACAGUUCGUAAGUGUGCUCGCAGUUGGGUGACAGCUGUCCGUCUGAUGGAAGAAAACCCUAGCUUCAUAUUUACCUGCUCCCAGGCACAGCAGUUUGCCUGGGUGAAGAAUUGGUACCCAGGGUUGUACUCAAGAAUUCAACACUUUGUCAGGAGACAACAGUUUGUACCUGUUGGUGGGACCUGGGUUGAAAUGGAUGGCAACUUGCCUUCUGGAGAGUCAAUGGUCAGACAGUUCCUAGAGGGUCAAAGAUUUUUCCAUCAGGAAUUUGGAAAAUACUGCACCGAGUUCUGGUUACCAGAUACAUUUGGCUACUCUGCUCAGCUGCCUCAGAUAAUGCAAAAUUGUGGAAUAACCAGGUUCCUGACUCAGAAACUCAGCUGGAACUUAGUAAACACCUUUCCUCACAACACUUUUUUUUGGGAAGGCAUUGAUGGGUCCAAAGUUCUGACCCACUUUCCUCCUGGCAACUCCUAUGAGAUGAAGUGUAAAGUGGAGGAUUUGCUAAAUACAGUGAGGAAUAACAAGGACAAAGGGAGAGCCAAUCACAGUGCAUUGUUGUUUGGAUUUGGGGAUGGAGGUGGAGGUCCAACACAGAUAAUGUUGGACCGGCUGGAGCGAGUGAUGGACACUGAUGGAUUGCCCAGAAUCCAAAUAUCCAACCCUGAUAAGCUUUUUACUGCCUUAGAAGCCAACACCUCCCUUCUGUGCAGCUGGACAGGAGAGCUUUUCUUGGAGCUGCACAAUGGCACAUAUACAACACAAGCUCAGAUAAAGCUUGGCAACAGACAGUGUGAAGCUUUACUUCAUGAUAUCGAAGUAGCAAGCAGUCUGGCUUUGAUAAGAGACAAGAACUUUCUCUAUCCUUUGGACCGAUUACACCAUCUCUGGAGAUUAUUACUGCUCAAUCAGUUCCAUGAUGUCAUUCCAGGCAGUUGCAUUAAGUUGGUGGUUGAGGAUGCAAUUAAAUACUAUGAUGAGAUUCGAAAUACUGGUUCUGCUCUGUUGAAGGAAGCACUUCAGGCACUUCUGCCGCAAGAUCUAGAGAAAAGCUGUCAUGUGGUAUUUAACAGUAUGCCGUGGGAGCGCACUGAAGUCAUCUCAGUACCAGGGGGCAGUGCUGAACCAUUGCUUGCGUUAGUAAAGGUCCCAAGUAUUGGAAUUGCUUCUGUGGAGGAGUCCGUUGAACCAGGCUGUUCUGUUACGGUAUCAACACAGGCCGAUGACAGUGUCAUCCUGGAGAAUGGAAUUCUACGCCUUAUUGUUAACAGGAAUGGAUGUGUCAUAUCUCUGCGCUUGAUUGAUUCUAACAGAGAAGCCAUCUUGAAUGGAUGCAGUGGAAACCAGUUUGUUAUUUUUGAUGACAUUCCUCUUUACUGGGAUGCCUGGGAUGUGAUGGAUUACCAUUUACAGACCAGGAAACCAGUCACUGAGAUAAUUGAGCCAGUGAGGAUUGUGAGUUCUGGAGGUCUGCGGGGCAGUGUCACUUUCUCACUGCGUAUUGGUGAAGCUAGCAUGCUUUUUCAGGAGAUUAUCCUCGAUGCUCAGUGCCCUUAUGUCAAAUUUCGUACAAAGGUAGAUUGGAAAGAAGCACAUAAGUUCUUGAAGGUGGAGUUUCCAGUGCAGGUUCACAGUGCCAAUGCCACAUAUGAGAUUCAGUUUGGCCAUCUGCAGAGACCAACACACUGGAACACCUCGUGGGACUGGGCCAGGUUUGAGGUUUGGGGUCACAAAUGGGCGGAUGUGUCUGAACAUGGAUUUGGAGUAGCGUUGCUGAAUGACUGCAAAUAUGGGUACUCCGUGCACAGGAACACACUCACCCUGUCCUUCCAUUACAGAUGACAUUCGCCCCCAUGAGAGUUAAGUAUGAAAGCUAACCGUGUUAUUUAGGUGGAAGAGGAAACAACAUCAGAUUUACAUGAAGUGGCUUGAGCUGCAUACCACGCUAUGUUUGUCCUGAAGCUCUCAUUUCAUCUGCAGAAUAGAUCGAUAGCAUUAUUAAAAAUAACCUUAUGUGCAUUAUGCAUACCAUAGCAAGUAAUUUUAGAAAACUGGCAAAGCUACUUGUGGUUUCUGUACGAAUGAACUUAUAAAGUGUGACAGGAUAUCAGUAAGAUCAGUAGACAUGUUGAUGACCUGCACAGAUGACAUUGCCUUCAGGCUGUAGUUCAGCUUUUGCACAUGCAUAUUAUCACAGUGCAAUCUCAAAGUCAAGAGGUACAUGACCGCAAAACUCCACUUGAAAGUUACAUCAAGCACCAAGAGGCAAUAUCUUUAUAAAUUGUGAGCAAUGAAGAAUCUCUAGGAAGCUGUAGUCUCAUUACAUACAUUUGUACCCUGAAAAAAAACUGUUAUAGGAAUUAAAAGAGAUGUGCUAUUGGCAAGCAAAACCAUAUGCAGGUAUGGCAGGGUGCAGAAGAAGCUUCCUGCAUUCCGUACAUGAACCUUGAACAACUGUGUCUUUUUUCCAGGAGCUGACAUAGUAAAUGGGGUGUUGUGGCCUUUUCAAAUAUUGUCUGACCUGAGUCACAUGCUUUUUUGACUUGCUGUGCAACAUGUGCA